GGUCCCCGCUGUCCCCCGCGGUUCCGGCGAGGCCGCGCCGCGCUGCGCUCCGCUCCCAUUGGCUGCGCGCGCCUUUGUGUGGCGGCAGCUGCGGCCCCAGCGCCUUUGAAUGUCGAGAGGGGCCGGGAAGGGAGCCUUUCCAUGGGCCAUCUGUCUCCCCGCCAGCCGCCGCCCCGCCGCCUGCGCCCCGCGCUCCGCCUCCCGCCCCGGCGGCUCCCGCAGCCCCAUCGCCCGCGCCCCGGAGCCGCGCCACAAAGGGCCCGCGCGCAGCCGCUACCGCCGCCGCGGCGCGAGAAGCCAGGAUGGUCCUGGUCCACGUCGGCUAUCUCGUGCUUCCAGUGUUUGGCUCUGUGCGAAACAGAGGUGCCCCCUUUCAAAGGUCUCAGCAUCCUCACGCUACCUCCUGCCGCCACUUCCACCUGGGCCCCCCGCAGCCGCAGCAGCUAGCCCCGGACUUCCCGCUGGCACACCCCGUGCAGUCGCAGCCGGGCCUCAGCGCCCACAUGGCCCCGGCCCACCAGCACAGCGGAGCGCUGCACCAGUCGCUCACCCCGCUGCCCACCCUGCAGUUCCAGGACGUCACUGGUCCCUCCUUCCUACCUCAGGCCCUGCACCAGCAAUACCUGCUGCAGCAGCAGCUCCUGGAAGCUCAGCACCGCAGGCUCGUCUCGCAUCCCAGGCGGAGUCAGGAUCGAGUGUCUGUCCACCCCCACCGCCUCCACCCCAGCUUUGACUUUGGCCACCAACUGCAGACACCUCAGCCCCGGUAUCUGGCUGAGGGCACUGACUGGGAUCUCAGCGUGGAUGCCGGCUUGAGUCCUGCUCAGUUCCAGGUGCGGCCCAUCCCUCAGCACUAUCAGCACUACCUGGCAACUCCUCGAAUGCACCACUUCCCCCGAAACUCUUCCUCCACACAGAUGGUUGUCCAUGAAAUUCGGAACUACCCUUAUCCGCAGCUUCACUUCCUUGCUCUCCAGGGACUGAAUCCGAGUCGACACACCUCUGCUGUUAGGGAGAGCUACGAGGAGCUGCUGCAGCUCGAGGACAGGCUGGGAAACGUGACUCGGGGAGCCGUACAGAACACCAUUGAGAGGUUCACCUUCCCCCACAAGUACAAGAAGCGAAGACCCCAGGACAGCAAGGGCAAGAAAGAUGAAGGGGAAGAGUCAGACACCGAUGAGAAAUGCACAAUUUGUCUGUCUAUGUUGGAGGAUGGAGAAGAUGUGAGACGCCUACCUUGUAUGCAUCUCUUCCACCAACUGUGUGUGGACCAAUGGCUCGCCAUGAGCAAGAAAUGCCCCAUCUGCCGAGUGGACAUUGAGACACAGCUGGGAGCCGACAGCUGAGGGAGGAAGCUAGCCAGUGAAUGCCCCGUUUCCUUCACCAGGUCCCUCCCCACGGCCAUAGCCCUUGCAGCCAAACUUUGCCUUCUGAGCCAUUUGACGUAGAGAAGACGCCUGCAAGCACAUUUUGUGGAAAGAGGAGUUGGUAUCAGUGUCUGAGGGAGAGGAGGGGUGGGAAGGACCCACCCAUCCAGAAUGGUGACUGCCUCAUCGCCUUGCUGUGCAGGGGGGGAGGGAGCUGGCCAUGCCCAAAGCAGGGGCGGGAAGGGGGGGCCCAGCUGCUGAGAACUAGAUGUGAUUUCGAGGGUACUAGUUGGUGAUCGGCCCCUCAAUCCUGUCCUUUGAAGGAUUGUGUAUAUACCUCUUGACCACGUAGAAACCAUGUAGGGGUCUCUAGCUAUUCUGUGGAUGGCAGCCGGAGCAUGUUAGCUUAAGAAAAAUGUCGUGUGUGGUGCUGUAGUCAUCUGUGGUGGACAUGUCGCUAUUACUGAACUUGCACCAAAUAUUUCUCAUUGAGUUUCUUGUUUUGGUGCCUGACCGAACCAACCAACCAACGACAGCCCCAAUCUUCCCGUCUUUAUGAGCAAAAAGAAAAAAAAGGAAUCAAAGGUGAAAAAAAAAAAGCCAAAUCCUGUUUACGGUGAAAAAGGAUGAUAAUUUUUCACCCAGGUUGGGAGGCGGGAGGGGGGUUCUCGUUUUUUUGCUUUUUAUUUCCUUGGGCUUUGUUUUUCUCAUGUUUACAGUGCACGGAGUGUGGGAGGGGCAUCUGAGAAGGGGGUGGGGCUUAAAAGGAACAAAUGGGGUCUCACUGGGUUUCUGAGGCUUUUAGACAAGGUGAAGAGGGCAGAGCCCUUAGCCCGUGAAGGGGGUCCAUUGCAAAGUGGGCUCCCCAGUCCUAGAGCCCAUUGCUUGGCACCAGCUGUCUCCCUAGGUUCCACACUGAACCAGGGAAGACAGCCUCCAGCUACAGCUACCCCAUGUUCCUGGGAGCCAGCAAUCCCCUGCUCAUGCCAAUUCCUAACUUUAUCCUGAGCUCUCAUCUUGCCACAAAGAGGCAAUGUAGCCACUGCCUCCCUAUGCAAACAAUUAACCAGAUGAUACAGAUGAAAUAGCAUCGGCAGUGUACAUACACUUAGCCUUGGCCAAAGUGCUCUGAACUAGCACUCAGGGCUGAGGUCGAGUCCAUACCUUGGGAGUAACUUGAGCGUCCUCCAGGAUCCUGCCUGAUCAGCCCCUCAGAGAUGGCCCUUGCUGUGAUAUGAGACUACUUGGCAGGGCUGGGAGGCCAGUGUCCCUAGCUCUUUGAUCUUCUGAUUCUUCUGGGAAAGUCCUUUCUCUGUGCCUCAGUUCCAGUGGGGAGAGACAACAGUGUGUCCCCGUGUCCCACAUUCCUUCUACUUCACCCAGAUCUGAGAAUUAACACCAUCCAGCCCACUGUGUGCUCUCUACCAUCUCAUGGGAGCCUCUGAGGGUUUAGUGACUGGAGUGGAAAAUGAGAUGGAAAGUAUUAGCGACACCACGUUACAACAUGCUUUCUGUACCACUCUGCAAUUUUUCAGAGAGAUGAGAGGACAGAAUAUUGGAGGUGGGGAAGAAAUCUGCCAAAUUCUAAUCCAAGUGUAGCUCUUAAUCAUACGCAGAAAAUGUCAGGUCACCUGGAAGUCUGUAACCUUCUUUUGCCCUGAUCCUCCUCAUCCCUCGUUUGCCCUGUUCUCAGAAUCUCAGAAUCUAUCCCAAUCUCAGCCCCUAGCCAGUCUCAGUGCCCUCAUAUCAAGGAACUAGGGUGCUGAUAGGAUAAAGGAAGAAACUUCACGAGGAUGAAUCAGGACCAAAAUUGACAGGGGACAAUUGGAUUUGAGAGAGUUCCUUCUAGCACAACAGACACCAUCAUGAAAGAAUGGCGGCCUAUCCACUAUCCAGAUGAAAGCUACUCCCGGGACCCAUCUUUUGGUGUCUCCUAAAAUCUCUGCUGAAUGUCUACUGGUGCAAGCGUUGAGGAAGAUGAUGGCUAAGGUGAUGUCUUUGCCUGGUGGAAUUAUGAGAUGAUGGGUGGAACAGCACACACUCAACGGUGCUUAGGGUGAGCAGUCCAACAGUGAAGGCCAAUCCUGUUGAGUGUGGCCUUUUCCAAUUCUGGUUGCACCAAGGAUGUCUCCAGUGAAAAGGCAGGAUUCCCACCAGGUGGAGCAAGAAUGUUUGCGUCAGGAUGUCAGGGAGCUGCUGACCAAAAGCCACCAGAACUUGUGAAUUCUCUCCUGCUCCUCCCCUAUGGCUGUGUCAAAACCAAGAUUUCAUCAGAAGAUGGCUUGGCUCAGAGGUGAUUGGGUGGUCUAGGCAGGUCACUGCUCUCUGAGGCUGUUCCCUCUCUGCUCUUGCCUUUAAAGCUGUCCUGCAUGGGAUGGCAGGGACCCAGGAGAGAACUGGAACUAGUGAUCCUGGUUCUAGUCCUGGCUCUUCACUGGCAAACUGGGAGAUGCUGGACCCUCCACUCACAACCCUUUCCGUGCUGGGCCUCAGCUUCCUUAGCUGUGACACAAGGAGAUUGGAUUGGAUGCUCGCUAAAUUUCUCCCAAUACACACAUCCUGUGACUCUAAUAUCAACACAUCCUUCAAGUUGUAGAGCUGUGUGCUGCCCAUACUGCUGAGAGGCCUUCUGUGCCCACACAUACCUGCUUCAGAGUCUGAGGCAUGCAGGCUGAGUGAGAGGGUAGGAUGCUUUCUCCUUGCUCCCAUUUAUACAGGCUCUUUGAAUGCCCCAGGCUAACAUUAGGACCUGGGCAGGGAAGGGGUUGAUCCUGCCACUCCAUCCCCUUCCCACCACCUACCUGGGGUCCUUAUGCCCUGAAGGUGGGUGCGGGAGUAGCACUUAGACCCUCCCAGUUCCCGUUUUGGGACCGCUGAUUGGGUGGAGGAAAGCCAAUGCCUCUGCUCCGGGUCCCCAGACUGGCCAGGGAGCCAGAGGAAGAGUGCAGAGGAGGCAGGGCCAGGCCUCAUCAUCUCACAUCUCCAUCUCCAGGAGAGAGGCAUCCGUUGUUCUCCUGCUCAACUCAAGGGACUCAGACCCUUUUCUGACUGAGACGCAUGAGUGCCUUUGACAGCGGCCCCGGGUUCAAGUUGGGCCUCCUAACCGCAGCCAUGGCGCAGCAGGUCCACCUGGGACACCAAUCAACCCAAUGCCACGAAUCUAGCUGGACACAGGCAGAGGGCAGCAAGGGCUGCACAUUCCUCCACCUGGCCAGGCCCCCAGGUCCCCCAAGUACCCUCGCCACCACCUGUGACAGGCCACAAGCUCCUCUCUGCAAAGGCCCCCAGCCUCCGUGCAAGCAUUCUUACUUAACUCUUACGCCUACUGAACAAGCACAGUUUUUUCAAUGGUGAAGAAAAAGCACCAGACUUUUUCUUUUUCUUUUUCCUGAAGAAAUCCCCCCCGAGCCGCCCCGCCUGCGGGACAAACAUUCCCCAUGUGGGGCUGUAGCAACGUCUGUCAGGUCCCCUGUGUUUCAUCUCCUGCGCGCGCGUAGAGCAAAUGCUAGAGCGAUUUCAGCUGAUAGAAAAAAAAAAAAAGAAAAAAAAAACACAAAAAAUAAAAAACAUGGCACGUUGCUAGUUUACAGGGUUUUGUGAGUUUAAAUGCCUUAUAUUUAACAAUCAUAAUUUAUGACUAACUUGUAGAUAUUGUGGGUUCUUAUUUAAUUAUUUUUAUAGUUGUUUUGCAUUUUUAAUUAUAAUUUAUUUAUUUAGAAAGGAUACUAAUGUUUUUUAUUGCUCCUAUUACCUCAUUUUGGCGUCGUUUCUGGGAGUGGAAUGCUUUGCAUGCAUUGGUACGAUGACAACUGCGAAAACAAACAAACAAACAAACAAACAAAAAACCCAUUUUAAAUAAAAGUCUGCGAACUUUAUUUCGUCCAAACUAUCAGGGUGUGUGAUUGCAAGCUGUCCUACUGUGGUGCUGGCCUCUUUGGAUACAUUCCAUACGAAAUGCAAACCUUUGAUUCUGUAUGCUGUGAUCUAGUGAAAAGCUCCAAUAUAGUGACUGUAUUUAGCACAUAUAUAAAUAUAAUUUGCACUUGUCAGCAGGCUGGGGUAGUCCUUUCACUUGCCACCCUUGGUCCCUUCCCCCAGCCCUCUUUCUCACCUCAAGCCUGCUUUCUGUCUUCCCUCCCCCUUCCUACCUCCUCAAGUCCCAUCCUCCAUCCCCUGAGGAUAGUCUCAGGGCACAGGAGGUCACUGGCUAUACCUAGGCUGGCUCCCACUCACUAGGGUUCCAGAAUUGGGGUCCUUCAGUCACAGCGGGCAUGGUCUUCUGAAAGACAAAGAGCUUGUUUUAUUAGGUGGAGGCCCGAAGGCUUUGGUUUUCAGACCAGAUCCACAGCAUGCUCCCUGUGCUCCCUGGUCUCCACAAGUCAGUUUUCUGUUCCUAGAGAGGGAGACAAGAUGGGUGAUCUCUUGGGUCCUUCAAUUCAGAAAGAAUAUGAUACAGUCCCCGGAGAGGCCACAAGGAUGGGUCUCUCAUCCUCUUGGGAGAGAUGAAAGAGGAAAGGACGGAGGGAAGGCAAGGAGAGGAAUGGAGAACAGAGAGACCCAGUUAAGAAUUACCUUGGGCAUCUGGUCAAAGAAGCCAUCCACGGGGUCCUCUUAAAUACUGCACCCUGCAGAUGGCAAGGAGGCCAGUUAGGCUGAUACAUCCUUGGGUAUGAGACAUGGACGUUUGCAAGGCUAGGGUUUCAUUCCAAGCCUGAGCUGAGACCCAUGUCCUAUUACCAGAGAGAACUAGCUGGUAGAAUAGAAGACCCAGAUUAUGGUGUUUGGGAAUCUGCCAGUCUUGUUUGAAGCCUUUGCGGUUGGGACAUCACUCUUUGACAAGAACUUGGGAUACAGAGUUGUAUCAUGCCUUCUCCCUGUCGUUCCCGCCUUUGCCUGUGUUCCACAGAGUCUGCAGUUGGAAAGGCCUGCUGUGGAGUUAGAGGGUUCUAGCUCCUGCCUCACUAAUCUGUGUAACGGUGAUGGUGAGGAAGCCUUGAGGAAGAGGGCCCUGGAUUAAGCCUGUGAGUGGGUUGGAACCCUGGCGUGCUGACCCUCCUCUUUCCCUCUUCUCCUAACUCCCCUCCCUCCUUCUUGGCUCUUGACAUCACUGCCUUUGCCUGGUGGGUAGCUCCACCCUCCACAGGAGGCCCGUGGGUUUGCAUAGUUCUGGCAUGGAUGAGGAAAUAAAGACCUGGGGUUGCCACUCUACCUACUUGUGUGGCUAGACCAGAUGUGGUCCUCAGCCCCACCCCUGUGAUGGGGCUUCUUGCUUGCUGCUGCCCAGCUUCUCUUCUGCCUCUACCCCGGAGCCUUGCUUUCCUUGGAGACGGCCUGUGGAGUCACCCACCAUGCCGGGGGAGCACACUCACCACACUGCCAGGCCUGGCAGACACUGCCCCCCACGGGGCUCCGCAUGGGCAUGCUGUGCUGCCAUGUGGGGCCAGAGUAGGACAGGCCCCCAUGCUCUGGCUGGCUAUGACCCACCCUUGAGCCUCCCCACUCUGGGAUGAGGUCUCCCCCCCUCAGCUGUGGAGAGGACCACACCAGGCUCUCCAAGGGGUCAUUUGUUGCCCCUGGUAAGUGAAAGGAUUAUCCCCAGUGUUGAUUGUCCUUUUUUUGUAAUCCUCCUGCUGUUCUGUUCUGUUGUGCUGUGCGACAUUUUGCUACAUAGACUAUUUUAUAGCAGAAAGCUAGAAAAAUAUUUAUUAUGACUAUUAAAGCAAUAGUGCAUCAAUGAACAGGCGGAGACAUUAGGAAUUGUGUAAAUGCUUAGAUUCACUUUGGGUGGAUUUUUUUGUACUUUAUUUAUAACUAAUAAAAAUGAACUGCAUUGCUAACUACA